UCCCACAGUUCGACUAUUUUUCAUUCAACUAUAACAACCUCACUUGCUACAUACAUAACAUCCAAUAAAUUCAUAUAGAAAUUUAUACAUAUAUCUAUAACCAUGCCAUCGCCAGGAGAAGCCGAGCUGCCGAAGGUUUGUUGUUCAGAGUGCUUAGCGAAGAUACUCGAAGCGAUGCAAUCUCAGCAGGACUCUCUUAUGACUGAAGAAGAAUCCCCAAAUGAGGAUCAUCUUUCUCCCGAUGAUAACAUAAACGUGGUCAUGGGGCUAGAAUACCAGGAGAUGUCCGAUGAUGAUGUCAUUAUGAUCAUGGGGUUAAAUGGCGACAUAAACGAAGACGACGAUACGUCUUCCAACGAAGACGACGAUACGUCUUCCAACGAAGACGACGAGACAUCUUCCAACGCAGAUGACAAAAAUGUUCUCCCCGGGGAACAGCCCAAGAAUAAUUAAAAAUCAAGUUCAUACAAGAAACCCCUACAACAUCAAAAAAAAUUAAAGAUGUUGGUUCGUUUUUGUGGCAGCCUACAGAAGGAUUACUUGAAUAAUCUCAAUCCACCGGAGUUACGCAUUCUUGAUUGCCAUUAAGAAUGAUUCGUUUCCCGAUUACAGAACCGAAAAGUUCUGCAGCCCUCACCAAAAAUUAAGAACUGGCAGCCGACAUAAUGGACUACUCUCAUCAACACAACUGCCCUCUGGAACCGGAGUAUCCCUGAUGGAGGUGAACCAGUGCCAAGCAAAAAAGAUGAAGGGAUAUCAAUGCAACUAGAUCAUCUUAAAUAUUAAAUAGUACAUUACUUAAAAAGUACUGCUGACAGUACAGAUUUUACCAUGUAAUAAAAUGUACAUAUUUAAGAUAGUCUGCCAAUAG